AUGCUUGCAACUGCCAUGUGCAACACAUUUUCAACGUGCAAUCGCAAUGUGGCCGGGACCGAUUUGAAUCUGCUAGCCCUGAUGCACACUCUGAAACCCGAGACGCAGCAACUGUGCUGUGCGUUGGCCGAACACAUUGGUUCCGCGACAGCAGACAGCAAUCCUAGUACUCCAGUCGGUCGACAGACGUCGCCAACAUCACCAUCUCAACUGGUCUCCCAAACAGUUGCAGUUUCAGCAGCUACAGCCACCACCGCUGUGUCCCAGUUCCCUUUCAAUCCAUCCGUCAACUCCAUCAUGAACCGCAGUCUCCCCACCACACUGCAGCUAGCGGAAACACGUCCCCCAAUCGACCUAUUUGUGCCCAGUCCUGUUCUUCCUUUCCAUCCCACCAACUUCGCCAUGACGGCAGCGAUCAUCAACGCACUGAGUGCGAAUUCCACUGCCGUCGGGAUGCACUUGUUACCCGCGUGCUCGCCACUUCUCCAGCUGGCCAUCCGCCAGGCUUUAAGCGAGUGUCUCUCAUCUCUGGGUCCGUUGACCAUCCAAGGCGACUUGGAAAUUUGUGUCGGAUCGGGCCGCAAUCCAACGCAGUCAACUCACAGCCUCACGGUACUUAGGUUUAACGACUAUGUGCGCAAUCGGAGGCCAUCCCAAUGUAUUGAUUCACAUCUAAACGUUACAGCCAAUUCAGUCGGUUCGACAGACACACAUCCUGCUGUCCAAGGAGGUGGCGAAUCGUGGGAUGCGGCGUAUACAGAUACCGCGAGCCAAGUGAACUCCGGCUCUUCCAGGCGCAAAUCCCUGAAUCCCAGUAAGUGUAGUCUGGGGGAAGAUUCCAGAUGCUCGGCUUCCAACCACCUCAAUCCGACUCCGUCUCCGACCGUGUUGGUGGACCCAACCAUCAGACCACAUUCUGGACCAACCAGUCCCUCCACCGACUCCGGGGUUUUGGACCUGUCCCAUAACGGAUCGUUAGCAGGGUCAGCUCCAAUCACUCCACUGAAGGGAUUGGGUGUACACAGUGAACCUGAUCAGCGAAUACUCGAAGCCUAUCAGAAACAGUUGAGCGCAUUUGGCCGAUUACAAGCGGUUUGGAGCAAAGCGUCUAUCGCUUACGGCAGCUGUCGAGAUAUGGAAUUUACUCCUUUGAAUGCGAUAUCGACAACCUCAAUCCCAUCCAGCUAUCCGGUGUCCAUUUGUGGUCCCUUGUCUGCACCCAGUAGUCCGGCCAAGGUGCAGUGUCGAGAUCGGGGUCCAGGCCGACCCGAGCACUGUGGGCGUGCAUGCACUCUCCGGCGUCCCAACUCAAAUCGACGGUUUCCUUGCAAUCAAUGUCGCGAGGAGUUCCCCUCUUUGCACACUCUAGAAGAACAUACGAUGUUUCGACACGGGGCUUAUCGGUGUCACAUUUGCAGAGCCAAAUUCACGCAACGCUCAAAUCUGCAACGCCACGCUCUCAAACACGUGGGUUUCAAGCCGUUCGAGUGCCGAGUGUGCUGCAAGGCGUACUAUCGUAAAGACCAUCUGAUGCGUCACAUGGAGAUGAGCCAUCCUGGACACGCGCCUCGGGAGAACAUUACGGUGCAUUUGACAUCCUCGGAAAGUUUAGAGUUCCUCAACCGUUCAUUCCCUGCACGAACCGUCGCGGAUUCCGCUUCGAACGGUUCAGUUUACGAGUCGGGUGAGGACACACGAAUGGAUCUUGGCAAUCUUCGGCAUCCGGAUGACGAGGAUAUUAUCCACCGGGCCAAUUCAGCGCCCAGUACGAGUGGAAGUUCGCCGUAUCGUGAAGAACUGUUCCCAGACAACUCUCAUUCCCACCUAAAAGAGAGUGAAUUUAACCUGAGAGUAGUCCCCGAUGCAGCUACAUCUCCGCGUCAGGCGACCACACCUGUCCAACCCAUGGAAAACCGUCACAUAAGCACAACUACCGAUGAGACACAGAAAAUGGAGGUGGAUGCGAAUGAGAGUACUGAAUUUUACGGAACCAUAUGA